GAUUUUGUUGGUGGAGUUUGUUAGCAGGAGGAGACGGAGAGUGAGAGUGGGAAUUAUUCUGCUCUGCUUUGGUCAAGAUCCUGAAUCGUACUGGACUGACGUCUGUCUCGCCGGAGCUGAAGCUGGUUCAACAUGGCGCUGUCGUUCAAGAAGGACCUGGAGAAGUACAAGGAGCUGGACGAGGACGAGAUCCUCGACAAGCUCUCCGAGGAGGAGCUCAAGCAGCUGGAGAGCGCUCUGGAGGAGAUGGACCCUGAGAACAAUCUGCUCCCGGCCGGUCUGAGGCAGAAGGACCAGACGGAGAAGGAGGCGACGGGACCCUUGGACCGCGAGAAGCUCCUGCAGUACCUGGAGAAAGAGGCUCUGGAGUGUGAGGACCGCGAGGACUUCGUGCCCUUCACCGGAGAGAAGAAAGGAAAAGCCUGGGUGCCUAAACAGAAGCCCAUGGAGACACGGAAGGAGGAAGUGACCACCCUCGACCCCGAACUGGAAGAGGCUCUGUCUACUGCUACCGACACGGAGCUGUGUGACCUGGCGGCGAUUCUCGGAGUGAACACGCUGGUGACGAGCACACGGAGCUACGACGGGACCGCCAGCAAGGACGGAUACAACAAUGUUAUUAAAGGAGAACCGGUGAAGCCCGUGUUCGACGAGCCGCCAAACCCGACUAACGUCGACGAUACACUGCAGAGGAUAAAAUCUAACGACCCCACGCUGACCGAGGUCAACCUCAAUAACAUUAAGAACAUUCCGAUCCCCACGCUGAGAGACUUCGCUAAAGCCAUGGAGAGAAACGCACACGUGAAGAAGUUCAGUUUAGCGGCAACACGCAGCAACGACCCCAUCGCAGUGGCGUUUGCAGACAUGCUGAGAGAGAAUAAAUCCCUGAAGAGUUUGAAUCUGGAGACGAAUUUUAUCACCGGUGCCGGAGUUCAGGCUCUGGUGGAGGCGCUGCGGGACAACGACUCGCUCUCCGAGAUCAAAAUCGACAACCAGAGGCAGCAGCUGGGCACCUCAGUGGAAAUGGAGAUUGCCAAGAUGCUGGAAGCUAACACCAGUAUAAUGAAGUUCGGAUACCAUUUCACCCAGCAGGGACCUCGGGCACGAGCAUCGGCUGCUAUAACCAAAAACAACGACCUCGUGCGGCGGAGGCGUGUACAGAAGGAUCUGUAGUGGAUUCUCUCUCUCUCUCUCUCUCUCUCGUACCCUCUCCAUCUCUGCAGCAGAGCGCCGUGCCAGGCUCCGAGCGAGUGCGGCGUGGUGCUCGGCGUGGACCACCGAACCAGGGACCCAACUGGAAAUUCGCCCUCCUCCCGAAAUCUGGGCUCGGCUUCUCGUCGUGUUUGUGUUAUUUUAUAGCUCGAAGCUUCUUCCUCCCCCCUUCCCCCCCCCCCCCCCCGUCUGUAUUUCUAUUUUUAGUUCUAUUAUCUCAGUAUGUGUAGAAUUCAGCCAUGUUUAAACGAAGAGGACCAAUGAUCAGGAAGUUCUGAGGAGCACGUUCCUCUCGGUUCUGAGGAGCACGUUCCUCUCGGUUCUGAGGAGCACGCUCCUCUCGGUUCUGAGGAGCACGCUCCUCUCGGUUCUGAGGAGCACGCUCCUCUCGGUUCUGAGGAGCACGCUCCUCUCGGUUCUGAGGAAGCUCGUUCCUCUUGGUUCUGAGGCGCUCAUGUUCUUCUCGGUUCUGAGGAAGCUCGUUCCUCUCGGUUCUGAGG